AUGACCAACAGCAAUGCGGAUUAUAAAGUUCAAUUUUUUGUGGACGAAACAGACAACAGAAUUGCAAAAGUGGCAAGAAAUUUCUGCAGAACGCAGUCAAUUGAAGAAAUACAGCAAAGAUGGAGCCACAUACGUUUAGGAAUCAAAAGGUUUGCUAGAGAUCAACGUCGCAAAGCGCUGAAGAGAAAGGAUUACAAACAAGUGAAUCGUAAAGUAACUAUCUCAAAAAGUGAUAGCGUCAUCGAACAGUCGAGUGGUCAUGAGUUACUGAUCCAAAAUUAG